UCCCACCCCAAGAGAUGAAGCGGGAAAAUCAUACUUUGCGCUGAUAGGUUCCCCGUCACGAAAGUCCUUUACCCGUUAUGGUGCGACGGGUAUCACUGGUGGAUGGAUGCAAUUGCAACUCUUCGAACAUUGCAUGUCCUCAAAUCUCGGUUUCCUCUUUUCUCUACGAUAGGUGCAUCGUAUGCAUGUACCUACUAUACGAUGUAUGAAAGCGGGACUGACUCACUCGGUGAAUUCUUUUCUCUGAUGGAUCCAAAGGGAUGAGGGUUUUUCGUAGCACGAUUGCGUUAUAUAGAGGGUCACAGGGUUAUAUAUUUCCCAUCCCCUCUAACCUCUGGAGGAAAGUGGAGGAGUUUGGGGUCAGCAAUUCCCUUGUAGAUGAUUGUGAGGGUGUCGAGAAAAAAAUGAUUGCUCCAUUGGGCGGUGACUCCGAAUUCGCUUUGAGAGUGCGGGUGCAUCUAUAUAUAUGUUGAUCUCCAUUCUCUGCAAAUUGACUUUGUUUGAACUUUGUUGAGUAUUAUCGGUUUCGCACAGAGGAGAGAAAUUAUGGCGGAAACCAAUUAUCGAGCGGGUGGUCCAAAUCCCUCAUCCCAUACCGCGACAGAGAAUACACCACUCCUCUUUCCACCCAGAAAUGACACACCUGCGAUUGAAGAAGUCUUGGUGGAUAAUGAUGGCGAUUCAACAGGAACUGAUGUCGAUCCCAAUGAAUUCGAUUUGAUGUUAUCGAGAACAACAUCAUUUACAGCUAUAGGAAUCGAAACCAAUCCUCAAGAAUCAUCUAUGCUUCGAAGUUCCCGAAUUCAUCACCAUGCCAAACGAGGAUCUCGAAAUUCAAGUCGUGUAAGCACGAGAAGGAAAUCCAUUUCUGGUUCUAUUAGGAGUAUUCGAGAAACCAUCGAGGACGAUGACGAGGAACCCAAAUCACCUUUUCUAGGCGGCGUUGGAGUAAAGAGAUUUUGGCUCAUUUUCGGCGGUGUGCUUCUAACAUAUACAUUAUCUUCAUUUGAUUCUACAAUCAUGGUUUCGAGUCAUCCAGUUAUCACUUCAUAUUUUCAUGCGUCUAAUAGUGCAUCAUGGUUAUCCACCGCAUUUCUCCUCACAUCCACCAGUUUCCAACCCAUUUUCGGACGUCUCUCCGAUGCCAUGGGAAGAAAACCUCCAUAUAUUUUCUCUAUGAUUUUGUUUUUGGUAUCGACGAUUUGGUGUGCUCUUGCUCAAAGUAUGACAAGUUUCAUCAUCGCGAGAGCGGUUUGUGGAUUGGGUGCGGGGGGUGUCAUGUCCAUGGGAUCGAUUAUCACAAGCGAUCUCAUACCCAUCGAGAUCCGCGGAGCGUAUCAAUCAUAUCUGAAUAUUGUUUUUGGGAUUGGAGCAGCUUCGGGGGCGGCACUAGGUGGCGCGAUUGCGGAUCAUCUUGGAUGGAGAUGGGAAUUUGGGGUUCAGGUCCCAGGGUUGAUUCUUUGCUUGAUUGUUUCGUGUUUUGUUAUCCCGAAUGAUUUGGGUUUGAAUAGGGGGAAGAAAACAUUGAAGGAGGCUUUGAGUGUUUUUGAUUAUAAAGGUUCGUUGUUACUAAUGGCCACUAUUACUUUCUUCAUACUCGCAAUUAAUCUCGGUGGUAAUAUCUACCCCUGGACACACCCCCUCAUUCUCACCUGCAUAAUCCUCACUAUCAUUGGCCUCCCCCUAUUCAUCAUAACCGAAUACUACGCCUCCCAACCCGUCAUGCCCCUCUCCCUCAUAACCCACAAUCCCCGCGGUUCCCUCAUCAUCGGCAACGCCCUUGGCGCCAUCGUAAUCAACGCAGUCCUCUUCAACAUCCCCCUCUAUUUCCAAGCCGUCCUCCUCGAAUCCCCCACCGCAUCCGGUCUCCGUCUCAUCAUCCCCUCCAUCGCCGCCAGCGCGAUCGGCACCCUCACCGGAUUCCUCAUCACCUGGACGCGCAACCUCAAAACCCCCUUGGUCCUCGGUGUCUCUCUUUAUGUCAUCGGAACUAUAGGACUAGUAGCUAUGAAUCGCUCAUUGCCAAAUUGGGUAUACGUAUUACUAUUGAUUCCAUCGAGUAUGGGACAAGGAUUCCAAAUGCCGGGAAGUUUCAUGAGUGUUCUGGCCGUGAGCGAACAGGGGGAACAAGCGGUUGUCACGACGACAUUGGUUUUGUGGAGGAGCAUGGGACAGGUUUUGGGGGUGGCGGUCAGUUCGCUGAUUGUGCAGAAUUCGUUGGUGGGAUUCUUGAAUGCGAAUGUUGUGGGACCCGAUAAGGAGAAGGUCAUCGAAGCAGUCCGCUCCUCAGUCCAAGCAGUAGCAGGUCUAGAACCCCACUACAGAGACCAAGUCAUCGAUUCCUACGCCGAAGCACUAAAAGCCGCGUAUGUAUUUGCGCUGGUGGUAAGUAUUCUGUCGUUUGCUAUAACGAUAGGGAUUAAAUUGCCGAAACUUGGGUUUAGAAAGUAAGGAGAAAAGAGCAAGGAAGAAGGAAUUGUGAGAAAAACAAGGGAAAGAAGUCUUGUGAGGAGGUAGAUGAAAAUGAUGUAGUGGUAUAUACCUAGGUAGGUGGAAUGAAUGACAGAGUAUGGAUUAAAUUGUAUGUUUGAAUAUAAGCCUAGCAUGGUAUGAAUCAAUUUGGCGAUUGGAAAGGAAGGAAGGAAAGGGGAAAGGAAAAGUUUGGAAUCUGGGAUGGGAUGGGGGAAUUAUGAAUGAUGAAUAAAUGAAAUAAUCACAAUAAAUAAAUAAACAACUACGUAAAUAAAUAA